GUUCACUACCCACAGGAUCACCAUGGGGACAACCAAGGAUACACCGAUAUGGAGGCUGAUAUGCCUGGUACUACUGAUCAAAUCAACACAAACAGUGAACCCCACCACAAGUGUAACAAUCAUCCCGACAAUGAUCACAACGAUACCCACACUUUCAGGAGUGAAUGCCUCACACAAUGACCAGGUCUGCAGCACAUGGGGUAACUACCAUUUCAAGACCUUCGACGGGGACUUUUUCCAGCUCCCCUCCACCUGCAACCAUGUUGUGACCUCACUGUGUAAGAGCAGCUAUGAGGCUUUCAACAUCCAGAUGAGGCGGCAGGUGGUGGACAACCAGCCCACCAUUAGCAAGAUCACCAUGAAGCUGGAUGGUGUAGUGGUGGAGCUUUCCAAGGGUGGUGUUGUGGUCAAUGGGCAGACGGUGACCCUGCCAUUCAGCUUGUCUGGAGUCAGCAUCGUGAAGACUACAUCCAAUGUGAAGGUCGUAGCCAAACUGGGGCUGGUUGCUGUUUGGAACAAGGAUGACUCCCUAAUGAUUGAAAUGAACGAGAAGUACAGAAACCAGACCUGCGGACUGUGUGGUGACUUCAAUGAAGUCCAAACAUACAACGAGUUCAUCAUCAAUGGUGGGGAACUCUCUAGCUCUGACUAUGGAAACCUCUGGAAACUGGAUGGCCCUCUGGAAGUCUGUGAGGAGCCUACGCUAACUUCUGUGGAGAGUUGUGGAGAUGAGGAAUUUUGUCAGCAGCUGUUCUCCAGUGCAGCUUUCAGUAGCUGCACUAAUUAUUUGGAUAUGGACGCCUUCAUCAAGACCUGCCUUGCAGACCUGUGCCACUGUGAUAACAGCACCAACUCCUUCUGCCUGUGCAACACCAUCUCAGAGUACUCCCGUCAGUGUGUUCAUGCAGGGGGGAAGCCCCAGCAAUGGAGGACUGAACAGUUCUGCUAUAAGACAUGCCCCUUCAUCAUGGAGCACCAGGAGUGUGGAAGUCCCUGUGUUGACACCUGCUCCAACCCAGAGGCCAGCCAGUUGUGUGAAGACCACUGUACAGACGGCUGCUUCUGUCCUCUAGGUACUGUUUUUGAUGAUGUCAGCAACAGUGGCUGUAUUCCAUUGAGUGAAUGCCUCUGUGUCCACAAUGGACAAGUAUACAAAUCUGGAGAAUCUUACACCAGCAACUGUAAAGAAUGCACCUGUGCUGGUGGUCAGUGGGCCUGUACAGACAAGGACUGUCCUGGGACCUGCUCUGUGGAGGGAGGAUCCCACAUCAACACCUAUGAUGGGAAAGCCUACACCUUCCAUGGGGACUGCUCUUACAUUCUGACCAAGAAAUGCAAUGGAUCUGAAUUCACCGUGCUGGGAGAUAUUGUGAAGUGUGGGUUGACUGACACUGAGACGUGUAUGAGGGCUGUUACCCUAGCCCUUUCCAGCAGAUCCACCGUGAUCCAAGUCCAGUCAAGUGGAAGUGUUCUUGUAAAUCAGAUUCUUCCCCAGCUCCCGCUCUAUACAGCUGAAGUGACCAUCUUCAAGCCCUCCUCAUUCUACAUUGUUAUCCAGACAACUCUUGGAGUUCAACUUCAGAUCCAGCUUUCACCAGUUAUGCAGAUCUACAUAACUGCCAUCUCAUCCUACAAAGGAACAACCUGUGGCCUUUGCGGAAACUACAAUGACGUUCAGGCAGAUGAGUUCAGAGUCAUCAGUGGAUUGGUGGAGGGCACAGCUGUAGCUUUUGCCAACACAUGGAAGACCAUGUCUAGCUGCCCUGAUGUCAAGACUAGCUUUGAAAACCCCUGCAGUUUGAGCAUCGAAAACGAGAAAUAUGCCCAGCACUGGUGUUCCAUGUUAUCAGAUCCUAAAGGAGUGUUCUCCCCUUGCCAUUCUGAAAUAAGACCAGACACCUACAAAACCAACUGCAUGUAUGACAGCUGUAACUGUGAGAAGAGUGAGGACUGCAUGUGUGCUGCCGUCUCCUCUUAUGUCCACGCUUGUGCUGCCGAGGGUAUCCAGCUCUCUGGCUGGAGAGACACUAUCUGCAAUAAAUUUGCCGCCUGUCCCAGACAAACAGUUUAUACCUACAACAUGACCAGUUGUGGACGUACCUGCCGCUCACUGAGCAUGACAGACCAAUCUUGCCAGGUGAAGUUUGUUCCGGUGGACGGCUGUGGCUGUGCAGAGGGCACCUACAUGGACGAGGCUGGCCAGUGUGUUGCCCCCACCAACUGUCCCUGCUAUGACAAGGGCUCAGUGGUCCCUGCAGGAGAGACUAUCAGCAGAGACGGUGCCACCUGUACUUGCAGACAAGGGACACUGAGUUGCACUGGGGGAGCAAGACCAUUCAGUAACUUUGAAAUGAACCAAGAGGACUCAAGCAAUUCAUUAUGCACAGUGCCAAUGGUUUUCUUCAACUGCUCAACUGCACCUCCAGGAGCUUCAGGUUCAGAGUGUCAGAAGAGCUGCAAAACUCUGGAUAUGACCUGUAUCAGCACAGAGUGCACAUCAGGUUGUAUGUGCCCAACCGGACUGGUGUCUGAUGGGAACGGAGACUGCAUCAAGGAGGAACUUUGUCCUUGUGCUCACAAUGGAGCUACUUACCAAGCUGGAGAGACUCUUAAGGUUGACUGCAAUACAUGUACUUGCAAGGACAGACAAUGGCAGUGUACCACACAUCUCUGUGAUGGAGUUUGUGCAAUCUACGGAGAGGGUCACUAUAUCACCUUUGAUGAGAAAAGGUUCAACUUUAAUGGAAACUGUGAAUACACUCUCAUUCAGGACUACUGUGGCAAUACUAAUGGCACUGGCAGCUUCAGAGUCCUCACUGAGAAUGUUCCUUGUGGAACUAAAGGCACCACCUGCUCCAAGACCAUCAAGCUCUUCCUGGGGACCAGUGAGCUCAUAUUGGCAGAUGGGUCCGCUCAAGUUGUCAGAAGUACUCCAGAAGAGCAGUUUCCUAAACAGAUCAGCCUUCUGGGGAAUUAUCUGGUUAUUGAAGUCAAAAGUGGUCUAAUCCUCAUGUGGGACAAGAAGACCAGUCUCUUUAUCAAGCUUAGCCCACAAUACCAGGGGCAAGUGUGUGGUCUGUGUGGAAACUAUGAUGGCAACGCAAACAAUGACUUCACCACUAGAGCCCAGGCGACAGUUGUUGAUCCAGUGGAAUUUGGAAACAGCUGGAAAGUUUCAUCAAGCUGCCCAAGUGUAUCCGCUGUAGUGCACCCAUGUGCCUCCAACCCGUACAGAGCGUCUUGGGCCCAGAAACAGUGCAGCAUCAUUAACAGUGAUGUCUUCACAGCCUGCCAGAACCAGGUGGACCCCUCUCCUUACUACGAUGCUUGUGUAAGAGACUCAUGUGCUUGUGACAGUGGUGGAGACUGUGAGUGCUUCUGUACUGCAGUGGCAGCUUAUGCAAAGGCCUGCAAUGAAGCUGGAGCAUGCGUAGCCUGGAGAACCCCUCGAAUUUGCCCACUGUUCUGUGAUUACUACAACCCCACUGGAGAAUGUGAGUGGCACUACAAGGCAUGUGGAGCUCAGUGUAUGAAGACCUGCAGAAACCCUUCCGGAGACUGUUCUAGUUUAAUUCCAGCAUUGGAAGGCUGCUAUCCUAACUGUCCUGUGGCACAACCUUACUUCAAUGAGAAGAUAAUGAAGUGUGUGGAGAGGGAACAAUGUGGCUGCUUUGACUAUGAAGGAAACCAGUACACCAAUGGACAGAAUGUUCCGGCACCAAAUUGUAAAACAUGCACCUGCACAAUGACUGGAGUGAGCUGCAGUUAUGAUGUAAAUGUUUGUACAUGCUUGCAUAAUGGUAAACAACACCGAUAUGGAGCAACCCUCUACAACACAACAGAUGGGAUUGGUAACUGCAUAGUUGCUGUUUGUGCCUCGAACGGAACCAUUACCAGGAACAUUUCCCCUUGUCAAGUGACCACAACUCCAGUACCAACCACAACUUCACCUCUGACAACAACAACUGUCCAUGCAACAACCACACUAAAACCCACAACUGUCUUCCACUUCACAACACCUGAACCAACAUCUACUUCAACUUGGUCUUCCACAACAAUGGAGAUGACACCUAAAAUAACCACAAGAUCAUCAUUAAAUCCUUCAACUACAACAUCAGGAGCAAGUACAGUCACAAUUCCAAAACCAACAACUGUAACUACAACAACUAUGGUACCCUUAACAAGUAGAGAAGUAGCUACAUCGACCACAGCUGAGACUUCAACAAAAGAAGAAACCACAACUGAGACCAUCACAUCCACAAAGCCACCUAGAGAAGUCACCACGGGCCCAACAACCACUUCCACAACUGUAUUUGUUGAAACCUCUACAUCAACAUCUCAGCCCAUAACAACAGGUGAAGAAACAACAGGUCCAGUAGUGAUAACAUCCACGCCCACUACUUUAACAACAACUAUACCUACCACAGGUGGAACAACAACCGUUGAAGAAACCACAACUGAGACAAGUUCAUCUACCUCCACAAAGCCACCAAAGGAAAUCACCACCGGUCCAACAACCACUUCCACCACUCUAAAUGUUGAAACCUCUACCUCAACAUCUCAGCCCAUAACAACAGGUGAAGAAACAACAGGUCCAGUAGUGAUAACAUCCAAUCCCACUACUUUAACAACAACUACAAUUGUACCCACAACAACUACACCUACCACAGGUGGAACUACAAGAAUUGAAGAAACAACAACUGAGAUGAUUCCAUAUACAUCUACAACGCCACUUAAAGUCGUCACCACCGGCCCAACAACCACUUCCACCACUGUAAUUGUUGAAACCGCUACCUCAACAUCUCAGCCCAUAACAACAGGUGAAGAAAAAACAGGUCCAGUAGUGAUGACAUCCAAUCCCACUACUUUAACAACAACUACAAUUGUACCCACAACAACUACACCUACCACAGGUGGAACUACAAGAAUUGAAGAAACAACAACUGAGACAAGUCCAUUUCCCUCAACAAUGCCACCUAAAGUAGUCACCACCGGCCCAACAACCACUUCCACCACUGUAAUUGUUGAAACAUCUACCUCAACAUCACAGCCCACAGCAACAGGUGAAGAAACAACAGGGCCAGUUGUCAUAACUUCCACUCCCACUACUUUAACAACAACUACACCUACCACAGGUGGAACAACAACCGUUGAAGAAACCACAACUGAGACAAGUUCAUCUACCUCCACAAAGCCACCAAAGGAAAUCACCACCGGUCCAACAACCACUUCCACCACUCUAAAUGUUGAAACCUCUACCUCAACAUCUCAGCCCAUAACAACAGGUGAAGAAACAACAGGUCCAGUAGUGAUAACAUCCAAUCCCACUACUUUAACAACAAACUACAAUUGUACCCACAACAACUACACCUACCACAGGUGGAACUACAAGAAUUGAAGAAACAACAACUGAGACGAUUCCAUAUACAUCUACAACGCCACUUAAAGUCGUCACCACCGGCCCAACAACCACUUCCACCACUGUAAUUGUUGAAACCGCUACCUCAACAUCUCAGCCCAUAACAACAGGUGAAGAAAAACAGGUCCAGUAGUGAUGACAUCCAAUCCCACUACUUUAACAACAACUACAAUUGUACCCACAACAACUACACCUACGACAGGUGGAACAACAACAAUCGAAGAAACCACAACUGAGACAAGUCCAUUUCCCUUAACAAUGCCACCUAAAGUAGUCACCACCGGCCCAACAACCACUUCCACCACUGUAAUUGUUGAAACAUCUACCUCAACAUCACAGCCCACAGCAACAGGUGAAGAAACAACAGGGCCAGUUGUCAUAACUUCCACGCCCACUACUUUAACAACAACUACACCUACCACAGGUGGAACAACAACCGUUGAAGAAACCACAACUGAGACAAUUCAAUCUACAUCCACAAAGCCACCUACAGAAGUCACCACCGGCCCAACAACCACUUCCACCACUGUAAUUGUUGAAACAUCUACCUCAACAUCACAGCCCACAGCAACAGGUGAAGAAACAACAGGGCCAGUUGUCAUAACUUCCACGCCCACUACUUUAACAACAACUACACCUACCACAGGUGGAACAACAACCGUUGAAGAAACCACAACUGAGACAAUUCAAUCUACAUCCACAAAGCCACCUACAGAAGUCACCACCGGCCCAACAACCACUUCCACCACUGUAAUUGUUGAAACCUCUACCUCAACAUCUCAGCCCACAACAACAGGUGAAGAAACAACAGGGCCAGUUGUCAUAACUUCCACUCCCACUACUUUAACAACAACUACACCUACCACAGGUGGAACAACAACAAUCGAAGAAACCACAACUGAGUCAAUUUCAUCUACAUCCACAAAGCCACCUAAAGAAGUCACCACCGGCCCAACAACCACUUCCACCACUGUAAUUGUUGAAACAUCUACCUCAACAUCACAGCCCACAGCAACAGGUGAAGAAACAACAGGGCCUGUUGUCAUAACUUCCACUCCCACUACUUUAACAACAACUACACCUACCACAGGUGGAACAACAACAAUCGAAGAAACCACAACUGAGACAAGUCCAUUUCCCUUAACAAUGCCACCUAAAGUAGUCACCACCGGCCCAACAACCACUUCCACCACUGUAAUUGUUGAAACCUCUACCUCAACAUCUCAGCCCACAACAACAGGUGAAGAAACAACAGGGCCAGUUGUCAUAACUUCCACUCCCACUACUUUAACAACAACUACACCUACCACAGGUGGAACAACAACAAUCGAAGAAACCACAACUGAGUCAAUUUCAUCUACAUCCACAAAGCCACCUAAAGAAGUCACCACCGGCCCAACAACCACUUCCACCACUGUAAUUGUUGAAACAUCUACCUCAACAUCACAGCCCACAGCAACAGGUGAAGAAACAACAGGGCCUGUUGUCAUAACUUCCACUCCCACUACUUUAACAACAACUACACCUACCACAGGUGGAACAACAACAAUCGAAGAAACCACAACUGAGUCAAUUUCAUCUACAUCCACAAAGCCACCUAAAGAAGUCACCACCGGCCCAACAACCACUUCCACCACUGUAAUUGUUGAAACAUCUACCUCAACAUCACAGCCCACAGCAACAGGUGAAGAAACAACAGGGCCUGUUGUCAUAACUUCCACUCCCACUACUUUAACAACAACUACACCUACCACAGGUGGAACAACAACAGUUGAAGAAACCACAACUGAGCAAAGUUCAUCUACAUCCACAAAGCCACCUAAAGAAGUCACCACUGGCCCAACAACCACUUCCACCACUGUAAUUGUUGAAACAUCUACCUCUACAUCACAGCCCACAGCAACAGGUGAAGAAACAACAGGGCCAGUUGUCAUAACUUCCACUCCCACUACUUUAACAACAACUACACCUACCACAGGUGGAACAACAACAAUCGAAGAAACCACAACUGAGUCAAUUUCAUCUACAUCCACAAAGCCACCUAAAGAAGUCACCACCGGCCCAACAACCACUUCCACCACUGUAAUUGUUGAAACAUCUACCUCAACAUCACAGCCCACAGCAACAGGUGAAGAAACAACAGGGCCUGUUGUCAUAACUUCCACUCCCACUACUUUAACAACAACUACACCUACCACAGGUGGAACAACAACCGUUGAAGAAACCACAA